AUGUCGCCGCAACCCGUUCCUAGAUUGGCAGAUGUGCUAAGGGCAUUCGAAGCCCUAGGGGAAGCCUGCGAGGCAGAAACCUGGUUGAAGCAAAUCCAGAAGAUCAUGGAGAUCAUACGGAUAGCGGAACAAUACCGUGUGUCCCUAGCUGCACACCAGCUUGUCGGGGAGGCUGACAACUGGUGGGAUACCGUCCAUAACCUACGGAUUGUCAUUGACCUGACUCGGGCAGAGUUCGAGCAACUCUUCCUGGUGCAGUUCUUCCCACCUGCUCUUAAGUACGUGCCAGCAAUCGCCAACGACAAUCGGAUGAAGAAACAGAGGUUCAUGGAGGGACUCCGAGACUCGAUUCGAUGCGAGUUACGCUCGGACAUUGCCUUGAGCUACAAUGAGACCAUAGCCGCCACCUACGCCAUCGAGGCUGAUGAAGUUGCACAUCCAAGAUGUGGGGAUGGCCAAGGGAGCUCUCACCCUCGGAGGAAUCGUUGGGCGCACCGGAGGAAGCCCCGAGGAGGGAACUCCCAAGGAUAUACCAGUUCCAGCAGUAGUAGUGGUUCUUCGAGAAGAUGGGGCCUUGCACCCUACACCUGUUUUGCUUGUGGCCAACCCAGAAACACCAAGAUUCGCUGCCCAUUUGUUAACAACUCACAAGGAGCGUUUUCUGGCUCGGGAUUCCAGAAUCCAAGGCCAACUCAGUCACUGUCAACUCAGAUAUCGCCAGCACCCUACCGACAACCAAACCAUACUCAGCAGCAUUAUCGACCACCUCAGCCGCUAGCAGCAAACCGAGGAAGAAACCGUGGAGGACGCAACCAGGGAGGACGUGGACAACUGCAUGCAAUCACCGGUGGAGAUACUACUGAGGCUCCUGGCUCUAGCACCGCACUAGCUGGUACAAUACUCAUCUCUAACUCUGAGGCAAGAGUACUAUUCGACACUGGUGCAUCACAUUCAUUCACAUCUACAUUGCUAGCAGAGUCCCUAAGAUUAGAACCAACACCGCUAGGCAAAGUUUUCAACUUUAGCACACCGCCUGGUGUGGGAACUGGUGUAGACAAAGCCUAUAGGAAGUGCCAAGUUGUUAUUGGCGGUCAGAAGCUCCAGGCUGAUCUCUUUCUGAUUGAGUUGAAUGACUUUGAUCUAAUUCUAGGGAUGGACUGGCUGAGCAAGUACAGAGCACUCAUCGAUUGCGAUCGACGCGCUGUACGAAUCACGCCACCGAGCAAGGAGACCUUCAAAAUAAAAAUGGUGGGACACCUCUUACCUCCAAGUUCACUACUGAAGGCUUGUUUCCGAGGGAGGAGAACACUCGCUUGCUACAACAUCAUCACUGCAGGGGAAAAGGCAAACAUGGAGACUAACAGCUACGUGCCGAUCGUAGACAAGUACCCUGACAUGUUUCCGAAGGAGCUACCAGGAUUACCCCCGAAUCGUGAAGUAGAGUUCCACAUUGACCGGGUUCUCGGUACCGAGCCAAUCUCGAUACUGCCAUAUCGGAUGGCACCGGCUAAGAUGAGCGAACUGAAGUUACAACUAGAGGAUCUCGAGAGCAAAGGGUUCAUCCGAAAAAGUUCAUCACCUUGGGGAGCUCCUGUGUUGUUCGUUAAGAAGCAUGACGGGACGCUAUGUCUAUGCAUAGACUAUUGA